GAUUGAUAGUGAAACUGGGUUAGUUAUGUAACAGGUUGUAAAGAAAGAUGAGGGUUUUUUUAUUCUUAUUUUUUCAUUUUAAUGAGUCGUUUCUGGACAAAAAAAAACAAUAAAAUGACUUGAAUAUUUCAUUUUAACAAAAGAACUAGUUAGAAAUAGCAGCUCUGUGUGGAGAAUGAAAGCUUUUGAACAUUUUCUUCUAGAUUAUUCUCAGCUCUAUUUGAUUUCUAAGAAUUAAAGCAGAACCAAAAAGACCUGGGUGGUUCUGAUCAUUCAGACCAGUCAGAGACCAGAACCUCAUCACCACCAUAUCUGGCAGGUGGUGGGUGUGUUAAAAGCUCUAUUGCAAAUAUGACAUCAGGAAAUUGCAGGUGUGUUUGAAUCAGGGCGUGGACAAAGAUGGACCGAGCCCUUUCUCUCUCUCUCACACACACACACACGCACACACACACACACACACACACGUAGGAGCAGCUGCACUUUAUUAAUCUACAGAGAUAAAUCCACUAAUCUGCGUUUACUGUGAGCAGGAGUCAUCCUGACGUUCAUCUCAUCAGCAGAAGAAAAGGUUUUGAAGGAGGUGUAAAAUUCCUAAAAUCAAAUUUACCCACAAACAAUUUUAAUUACUGGGAAAAACAAAAUAAAAAAAUCUAGUGAAUGAAGAUUUCAUAAUAUUGUUGCACAACGUCUGCAAUAACAAACUACGUUUAACAAAAUGAUGAACGAUAGGGAAAAAUAUUCCGUCAAACAUGUCAGCAGGACUCCGGGCCUGCAGAUCUGGACCAUCAAUAAAAUGAAGAUGGUCUCUGUUCCAGCCAGAGCCUUUGGGAACUUCUUUGAAGGAGAUUGUUACAUCGUUUUGAACAUUAUUAAGAACAAAGGCUCAGGAGAGUCCUUGGACGUCCACUACUGGAUCGGAUCCUCCUCCUCUCCGGAUGAGCAAGGAGCUGCAGCCAUCUACGUCACCCAGCUGGACGAGUAUCUGGGUGGGAGCCCCGUGCAGUACAGGGAGGUGCAGGGCUUCGAAUCCCCAAAGUUCAGGAGCUACUUCAAGAAUGGCCUGAUCUAUAAGAAGGGCGGAGUGGCCUCGGGUUUCAACCAUGUUGACACAAACGUCUACAACAUCCUGAGACUGCUGCGCGUCAAAGGGAAGAAACACGUCUCUGCAACAGAGGUGGAGGUGUCAUGGAACAGCUUCAACAACGGAGAUGUUUUCCUUCUGGACAUGGGGAAAACCAUCGUGCAGUGGAAUGGGCCAGAGAGCAACAAGGGCGAGAGGCUGAAAGCGGUCCUGUUAGCCCAGGACAUCCGGGACAGGGAGCGAGGAGGUCGAGCUGAGAUUUCUGUGGUGGAGGGAGGACAUGAGCAGGAGACGCCAGAGCUGAAACUCAUGAUGGUGGCGCUCGGCCCAAAGCCCAACAAUCUGAAGAAGGCUGUUCCUGAUGACACACAUGACCAGGUUCAGGCCAGCGGUGUCAAACUCUACCAUGUUUCUGACGACAGCGGGAAUAUGGUGAUCAAAGAAGUGGCCAUGCAGCCUCUAACACAAGACCUGCUGCUCUCCUCUGACUGCUUCAUUGUGGACCACAGCGGCUCUAGUGUGAUGGUUUGGAAAGGCAAAAAGUCCUCCAAAGAGGAGCGGCAGAAGGCUAUGAAUACAGCGGUGAGUUUUAUUAAAGCCAAAAACUACCCAUCCAGCACCCCCGUGGAGGUGAUGUCCGAAGGGGGGGAGUCAGCAAUGUUCAAGCAAUUGUUCAAAUCCUGGAAAGAAAAGGGGCAAAUUAAAGGUCUGGGUACCACCCACACGGUUGGGAAAAUAGCUAAAGUUGACCAGGAGAAGUUUGAUGUGAUGGAGCUCCAUGCUCACCCUGAACUGGCAGCCCGGCAGCACAUGGUGGACGAUGGCUCGGGAGAGGUUAAGGUGUGGCGCAUUGAGAAGCUGGAAUUGGCUGAGGUGAAACCGAGCAUGCAUGGACAGUUUUAUGGAGGCGACUGCUACUUAAUUCUGUACACGUACCAAGUAUCAAACAGGCAACAGUACAUACUGUACAUGUGGCAGGGACGUCACGCCACAAAGGACGAGAUCACAGCGUGCGCCUACCAGGCCGUCAACAUUGAUAACAUGUAUAACGGAGCGCCUGUGCAGGUCCGAGUGGUCAUGGGAAAAGAGCCACGCCAUUUCCUGGCUAUCUUCAAAGGCAAACUCAUCAUAUUUGAGGGAGGGACGGGUCGACCCGGCGUAGAGAGUCCUAAAACCAGCUCCAGCCUCUUCCAGGUGAGAGGAACCACAGGGAUGAACACCAAAGCCACUGAAGUGCCAGCGAGGGCCUCGUCUCUGAACAGCAACGACGUGUUCAUGCUGAAAACCAACCAGAAAUGCUACCUGUGGUAUGGAAAGGGUUGCAGUGGAGAUGAGAGGAUGAUGGCAACGGAAGUGUGCGAUACGCUUUUCAGGCAGUUUAAGGAGGUGGUGAUGGAGGGCCAGGAGCCAUCUGAUUUCUGGAUUGCUUUGGGAGGAAAGGGCCCCUAUGCCAGUGACAGCAGAUUGGAGAGAGAGGAGCCUCUCCACAGCCCCCGUCUGUUUGAAUGCUCCAAUCAGACGGGUAAGUUCAGGAUGACUGAGAUCUGCGACUUUGAGCAGAGCGACCUAGACGAAGACGAUGUCAUGCUGCUGGACACCUGGGAGGAGAUCUUCCUGUGGAUCGGCAUCUCCGCCAACGAAUACGAGAUCAAAGAGUCACUGAACAGUGCGCAGGAGUACCUGAAGACCCACCCGGCAGGUCGCGACCCCGACACACCCAUCAUCACCAUCAAACAGGGCAGCGAGCCGCUCACCUUCACUGGCUGGUUCAACGCCUGGGAUCCUUUUAAGUGGAGUGGAGGAAACUCCUAUGAGGAAAUAAAAAAAAAGCUGAAUGAUGCAGCGUCUGUCUCUGAGAUCACUGUAGGUCUGGAGAGAAAGAGUCCUGCUACAAUGGUUGACGGUGGGUACACAGCCCCUGGAGGUCCUGGAUCCUCUGCUCCUGUCUACAAGAUGCACGGUGGGGUUCCAACCAGCCCAUCCACCAGUAGAGGCCCAGUCUCUUCCGCUGGUUUCACUGGGAGGCAGCUAGACCCAAAGGUUCUUAUCAACACUCCUGCCAGUGAGCUUCCAGAGGGAGUGGACCCCAGCCAAAGGGAGGACUACCUGUCCGACGUGGACUUUGAGAACCUACUAGGUGUGACUCGCUCCGAGUUUCUGGGUCUGCCCAGGUGGCGUCAGAUCCAGCUAAAGAAAAACGCCGGCCUUUUCUGAGUCGCUGCUGGAUUGUGUGGAAGAGCUGCCAAACCGGUCUCAUGUGGUUCCUGGAAAUCCAAGCCAAAAACUGUUUGUCUCUGCUGUGGACAUAGCAGCAGCAGCUCGCCGCCAAAUAAAAAAAUGUAUUUAAUCUUCCGAUGAUCACAAAUGUUAGUCAAAACAUGACUUAAUCUUUUUAGAUGUUAUGUAAUGAUUAUCUUUAUUUGGUUUUUACGGUGAAUGAUUCAUAAAUGUAAGUAAAUAAAUAAAAUGACAAGUGAGCUGUUA